AGAUAACGCACUCACCCCAGGACCAGGGGUGCAAUGUUCAAGCUUCUUUUCUUAUUUUCUUUCCCGUUAACUAAUUAACCUUUUUCUUCUUCUUUUCUUCUUCUUUUCUUACCAGUUGAGUCUCAUUCAUCUGACCUCAUAGUCAAGAUCACGUCCUCUUGGCCCUUCUCAUCAAAUAACCGCUAUGUACGGCCAACGACGGUUAGCAUCGAAUACUAUAUAUACCGAGCUCAGCUCUCCGAAUGACUGACCGUCAAAUUACUGAAUCAACUAUCGGACUCGCAGGACGCCUAUCGCAUUUACCUUAUGGGUUAAGCAAGGCGGAGGAUCGCGGAUGGCAAUCCACGAGGAACUUCACCCAAAUUUCACCCGUGUUCAAGCCGCUUGGUACUUACAAGACAUGGCUCCCUGCAACUACUGCUAGUAGUAUUCCUUAUUCGGCUUCUUCGUCUAGUAAGCCCUGGAAUACAAGCAGGAACCAGCAGAAAUGGUUGUUAAAAGCAUGUCCCGAAGCUCGCUUGGGUAACGAGUAUAUUCACGACCAACUCUCAUUAUCAAUUUCACCACCCCAGAUUAAUGGCAAGGCUCUGACAGACUCGAUCCUUUUUACAAUUGGCGAACUAACCGAUACAAGUGAUCCUCGAUUGAUCACGGGCGUCCCGCUUGUAGCCAUUGCCUCUGGCGAAGCAAAUGGCGAACUUCGUCUAGUGAAGCCAAGUGUGGAGGAAUGGCAAUGGGGUAAUGAUGGCAGCGUCUCACUAUUUCUCCCCGAAAUCAAGGAAGGGGACGAGUCGGUCAUCUUCCAAGAUGAUGCUGCAGGACCUAUCCGCCGUCUAAAAAGCGUGGUCAGUUCCAAAAGGUACGAUCCAACACGCUGGUUAGUUAUGCAAAGGGACUCUGGCACUCGCGUCUUCCAACCGGAGUACCGUAAAACGCCAACGACCUCUUCGUACACCAGUGGUGCGAAACCCUCCCGGAUUGCACCGAACCCAAUUCUCUAUCUUGCAAAGGACCGCACUGGCGGGAACCCGCAUUCAGACGUGACCUUCAACCCUGGUGUGAGAUCUAAGCUGCCUCAACUUGGCAUCAUUGACGAAUGCGGCUUCUGGAGUAUCUGGGAUAUCGCACACACCAGAGGCAAGUCGUCCAGAAACUCGAAGGUCAGUCUUAAAGGAUGCGGGCAUAUUGAGAAAGGUCUUAUGAAUCAUCCACCCUCAAGAGGUGCUGGCGUGGCACAAUGGCACCGUAUAUUCUGGGUGGGUCACUCGGAGGACUCUUCAGAAAGUUCACGAGCGUUUGACUUUGAAGAGGAUGCAGAUGUUCUUGAAGCGCAUGGGUCGUUUGUACAACUUAUGCGAUCUUCAACAUUGCUCUUGUGUAAUGCAAAGCUGGUUAGAUUACUCGAUCUAACUAACAACACAUUCCUCCCUGAUCUAUCUUUUGUGCGCAAAGGAAGCCGAGAGUGCAUUUUGGACGUACAUGAAAACCCACAGGAUACGCAAUAUGUCUUUAUCCUAACUACGUCGAAAUUUUUUGUGGUCAGAAUAUAUUCAUUACCCGGGCACAACUGGGGAGAGGUGCGGAAAGAAUGGGUUAUUAUACUCUCAGUAACUCACUUGAGAGAUAGUCUUGACCAAAACUUGAAGCUCGCUGUUGCGCCAGGGCCUAGGUCGUCUAAACAAGCCACCACUCUGGUCUACAUCUACUCUGGUAGUAAUUCUCGGGUUGAUCUCUUCUGCAUCACUAUGCUGAAAAGCGACCCCUCUAGAGUUACCUACCAGACUGAAGCGGUCGUACUAGACGGUCAUCCGCGUGAGUUAUCGAAUUCCAAACUUCAGACCAUGUGUCUUCAUCCCGCAGCAGUCACUUUAAAGCAUUCCACUAUGCCCACCGACUUGGCACGUAGACUUGCUAAGCAACAAGUUCGAUUUUAUCAGCUUGUUACUUUGAGGACAGAUAUGUGCCUAGAUUCUACGCUCUGCGCAUCCACCUUCACAUAUCCCAUCAGCCAACUAAGUUACCCAGAUCGACAAGUAACCCAGCCCAAAGAUCUAUCCAGGGAAAGAAGAAAGUUUUUGAAAUAUAUGGCACCACGCUUCGUAGUACCAGAUGAUGUUGCUGAUUAUGGCAAUGAAGAGGAAAAUGUCGAAGAAAUCCAUCGAGGAGCUCAUGUUCUUCCUCAAUGGCCACCACUGCAACGCCCUAUUGGAUUAUUUUAUGAACACUUGACUGCCGUUAUCAGCAACCAGGCUAGGGAAUAUGAUGAAGCCCCAGCCGAAGAAGGGCUUGGGGCUAACCCCAUCGAGUACAUUCGAAACGCUGCAGAACAAGCACUUGAAAAUGGAAUGCUACCUGCUAUUACUCUUUUUCAAGUGCUUGAAAGCCUAAAACUUUAUAACGAUAGAAGUCUUACAGCUGCCGAUUGGGGGGUCGAACUAGAACAAUUCGGACGCGAUAACUCAGCCGUGGCUUUAUUAGCGCUCGAUCGCCCUACCAGCCAUGUGACUGGGUCAGUAGUUUCACCUCAGGAACUGUACUCGAUGCUUUUUAACAUGACUAUGAAUUCUGGUUCUAGCAGAAAAGUGCAGAGUUGGAUACAAGGGACCAGACCAGUAGUACUUGGUCAGAUAGCUUGCGAAGUUUAUUUAUCGUCAAUAGGGUUGGUUCAGCGCCAAGCUGAUUUGAAUGAGUCACAGCAACCAUCAUCGCAUGACUUAGACCAUAUGGUUAUCGACAGUCAGCCGGAGGACCAGACAGGAAGUGUGCCAAGGGCGCAAUCUGUAGUGUCUACAUCGAGCUCCAGGGGCACUAAAACAGAUACUGUUGAGAAAGAAGAUGCAGCCAUGGCUCUCCUUAGGUCUUACACGGGCACGGGCAAGUUUGUUCCAGAGAAGCGGACUGCCCUUCUAGACAAGUGGGCAGUUGGGGCUGACCCAGCAAACUAUGUGUUCGAUCUUGAUAGAGACAACGAGGUAACACCCGGGAUGCAGAGACGAGAGAAGCAGCUGGCACGCGAAAGUCGCAAAAGACGAAGAACGGAGACCCUUCUCCAGAUGCAGAAGGAGCAGGAGGAAUCGAGGUUGCCGGCAACUCAGCCAGCGCCAGAUACCCGUUCCUUCAGACAGCGAAGCCAGCCUCUUGGAACCCUUUGGCAGAGCCAGGCGAUGAUGUCAGAUCCGAUACAAGCGACGUCCCAACCGGUACCAGGCGUGUUUGCUCGUAGGAAUGAGAGGCCAAAGAAGAAGGUGAAGAAGCGGAAGGGAGGGUUUUGACGGCGUUAAAGCAUGGAAUUGUUGGUCAUUUGGCAAAAGUGCCGCGGCCGAACCUACUUUGUGUACUUAUCUGCACAUGGAUAGCUACUAGGUAUACAAUUAGUUGAAUGUUUGGGUACUGAAGCCAUAUAUGGUGGCCAAAGCAUCACGGCUGAGUGUGAGCCAACGUAAGAAAUUAGGGGGGAUGUUUCUAAUAGCAAGGAGUUUAAGCGUAAACUUUAGGCACUAACUACCUAUGUAGGUAGAUACCUAUGGUGCUUACUAGAUUAUGUAUGUACUUGAAUAACUUAGUGCAUCAGUCAAAAAGGCUUAAAUUCGAUUUGGU